AGCCCAUUGCCUGCUUUGAAUAGAGUACUAUCAUAUUACUUUAUUUAAAUGUUUAUACAUGCUCAAUAAUAGUUUAAAAUUCAAAUAUUUGAUCUUGUUACGUUCGUUUAUAUGCUACUAUUGUAAUUUGCUGAAGGAAUAUUUAAAGUAAUCGAAUAAAUUAGCGCAUGUGUUUAACAUAAUAGCCUGGAAUGUAAAGAGUUAAAGUGACUUUACAGAAAUGAAAGUAUAAACACAUUAACAGAUAUUUUGUUCAAUCUUACACACCAGAAUAUCGACAUGAAUCCCCUGGCAAAAACACAACGAGAAGUUAUCCGCCAACACAAUGAGCGAGACACUUUCGAAGAGGCACAAGUGGGAACUCGCACAGAUGAUGUCUCCUUUGAAAUGCGACCCGAGCACAAAGAAAAAAGGGUCUAUUUUUUGCCAAAAUGUUUCCUGCUGAUGGUAGCUGUUAUGGCACUACUGGCUGGAGUAGUUGUUCUUAUUUAUUUCUACAAGGACAAAGAGUCAAAACAUGAAUUUCGCGGAGAUAUACAACCAGACAAAAUACCCGAAGAAGAAUGUCCGGACGUUUCAGUGAUCCUUGGUGAAGAUGUUGUUAUAAGAUGUAAACUCCGUGAACCUGUCCCUGGAGAAGUUCAUGCUAUAUAUGAGAACCUGAUUGACGCAACAACUGAGGACUUUACCUGUAACAAAUCUGGUGAUAACAUGAAUGUAAACUGUAAAGCAAAGGGGAAAGCGAAGUGUAGUUCCCAUAGAAAUAUAAUUCUUCGCUUCUUUGAUAGUUACGCAAAUGACAAAAAAGUACUGCUUAUUAAGAAGGUCAAAGUAAAUAUCGUAGUGCCAGACAUUUUUCAUGUUGCUACAAUCGAACAGAUAUACAACACAAGCAUCUCACAGUCAGAAUUCCAUCUGAAAUGCGAAUACAGAAAAGACUGUACAAGUUAUCAACUUGGAUUUUUUGGGAAUGAUAAAAACCUGGCAGAUACUAAAUCCUGUACCACCACGUUCUCGGACGAAGACGGUUAUACUGUAGCUUGCAGUGCUACUGUAUCCAGUGCAGUUAUCUUAGAACAUGGUAAUCAAUCAAAACUGUACUGUCAGUUAAUGCAUGGCACAACAGUGGAAAAGCAAAAGGAACUGGCAUUACCUUCUUGCAACGACUAUGCAAUACAGAAUGAAAAAUGCAACGCAAAUACAACAGAACUAUUUGAUUGCGAAGACAUAUCAGCAACCAUGGAAAGCUGUACCCAGCAGUGUUUGGUGGCGAAUGAAUGCUUUUCAGCACGGGUUCAAGAAUUAUCCAAUUCCUCAAACCCUUGUCCCUGUGCACUGAAAUGGUGUAGGCGAAGCGGCGAGGACCAUACAAUAGACACUUCUGGGAUCCUUUCUUUCGAUUAUCUCUGUCCUUCUGCUCAAUAGCUUUUUGUAGUUGUGUUUAUUUCUGUUUCCUUGAUCAAAGACCAUUAAAGCGAUAUAAUUUGGA